CGGCUGCGCUCCAUGGUAGAGGCGAAGGCCGGCGUUGAAAGCAGCCUGGAGGCCGUGACUGCGGAGCGUGACGGGCUGAAGGAGGAGCUGUCAGCUACGAAGGAUGAGCUGACGGGCCGGCUGCGCUCCAUGGUAGAGGCGAAGGCCGGCGUUGAAAGCAAUCUUCGUGUUUUGGAGGAACGUUUGAGCGAGGCUUUGCGAUGCUCUGAGGAGGAGAAGUGUGGGAAAAUUUCAGUUUGGCAGAACAGGCUUUCUUCUCUGGAAGAAGAGAAGAAAAAGCUGUUGGAUUAUCUGAGUAGUGAGUGA